GAGCUCUGUGUUCAUUCAGAAGACGAUUGUCAGUCACUCUCACAUACUCCCUGUUCCUCUCACACAGAGAUAUUCGCUCUCGCUGGCCCACAGCAAAUGAGGGACAUGUGGGUGCCUCUAUUCUGCACCCUGCUGGGGAGGAUCAGUUUCACUGGAGGCCACCAGCUGACUUCAGAGGAAAAGCAUACAAUCGUGGAAUUGCACAACCACUAUCGGAGUCAGGUGAUGCCCACUGCAGCAAAUAUGCGGAAUCUGAGCUGGAACACUUCUCUGGAGUCUGUUGCAAAAGAUUAUGCUGUCCAGUGCAUAUGGGAUCAUAAUCCCAACCUUGAGGAUACUGGAGAAAACCUGUAUAUCACCAGUGGGGCCCUAAACAUCAGCAAAGCAUUAACCAGCUGGUAUGAAGAACACCACUCCUUCACCUACAAGAAUAACAGCUGUGUCGAGGAACAGAUGUGUGGACACUACACACAGGUCGUGUGGGCAGAUACAGACACCAUUGGUUGUGCAUCUCAUACCUGUGAUACGGUGAAGGGCAUUUCUUUGCAUCACACUGUCAUAUUGGUCUGUAACUACUUCCCACGGGGAAAUUAUGAAGAUGAGUUUCCCUACCAAGAGGGGAAGCCAUGUACUCAGUGUCCAGACAAGAUACAAAAAUGCAAAAACAAUAUCUGUGUGGCCUACACAGGUGAAGACGGGAGCACCAUGGAAGUUGACCCCAUCAACGAGAGUCCAGUGACAGAGGUGGCACAAACCAGGAUCUACUUGGACAGACAGCAGACACCUUAUGUGGCCUACACAGGUGAAGAUGGGAGCACCAUGGAGGUUGACCCCAUCAACGAGAGUCCAGUGACAGAGGUGGCACAAACCAGGAUCUACUUGUACAGACCGCAAGCAUCUUAUGGUGCGGUCAUGACUACUGCUUGGUUAACAGUUUUUGUCACCACUUUGCUGUCCUUUGUGCUGUGUUUGGACUCAGCGACAUAAUUACACCUUCCUGUCACAUGACAGGAACAUCCUGUAUUGGACGAUGGGUCCUGCAUACAAUACUGGAACUUUCUGCAUAUUUGAAAUCAGAUGUUUGGCUUGUUUGGCAACACUGUUGCCCCCUAUGCGAACUGGAAUGUACAUAUCGUCUGUUUGUUUUUUUAUAUGCAGACAAUUUAGCUAUAUGUAGUCUCAAAACACAACUUUGUUUACUCAAAAAAGAGUGCAAUACAACACUGUUGCUGUUGUAAUCAGUAUUAGCUGUGAUGACAUCAUUGAUGAUCUUUGGCCUUUUUCUGGCCUGAUGUGAAAGAAUCAUUUGACAAAAAUGGAAUUAUUGAUAAUUCAAACCAAGUAAAACUCCUCAUAGUGCCAAUAAUUCAAACCAAGUAAAAUCCCUCAUAUGGUCUGGAUGCUGUUCUGAAUACUGACUGUUCAACUCUGACACAAGAGAUUGCUUAGGGCCCCAAGCCUAAAAAUGCCCCUUAAGGCCAGAAUAUGCAGAAUCAGUAAAUCAACAAGCAUGUUCUACAAUAGCAUCCAGCUACCCGCUUUCUGUAAAUGCUCAUCCUGUUAUGGGUCACAGAGGGUCUGGAGCCCAGGGUGGGUCACCAACCCAUUGCAGGGCUCGCUGACUCAUCAUUCACUCACACACACACAGAUGGGCAAUUUGAUGACUACAAUUAAUCUCAACAUGGAUCCCUGGACAGCUCUAGAUCUGUCUAGAUCUAACAGGUCUGGAUGCUGUUCAGGCAAAUGGCUACUUCAAUAUUAGUUUAAGUCAAAGUACUUUUUAUUAUUGAAACAAUAACAAAACAGUUAUUGAUGAAUAAAAUAUGCCUUGAUUAUUA